CAGAGAAGAUGAGUGAGACUUCAAGCAAAGCAAAUAUAAGGAACAGCAGUACUGUCACCAACCCUACUUACAGCACUUUAUCAAAAAGGAUGAAAACAAUGAUUGUCACCAUUGUCUUCAUUACAUGCUUUACGAAUCCAUUAUCUGCAAAUAUGUACUUCCCAGCGCUUAACGUAAUAGGACAAGAGUUACAAUUAUUAGAACAGCAAGUUCAUUGGAGUAUCACAGUUUAUAUGAUGGCUCAAGGCGUAUCGCCAUGCUUAUGGGGAUCCAUAGCUGAUACUUAUGGUCGCAGGCCUGUUUUAAUUAUUACAAUUUUAAUAUAUUUCUCCGCUUGCGUUGGUUUAGCCUGCACUCAGAACUAUAUAACGCUGCUUUUCUUAAGAAUACUUCAAGCAUUCGGCGCCAGUUCGUCUUUGGCUUUGGGAACUGGUGCUAUAGGGGACAUAUCAACACCUGAUGAACGUGGUGGCUACAUGGGUAUACUUUCAAUGGGCUCUAUGAUGGGCACACUUGUAGGCCCUGUUUUAGGUGGAAUCAUAACCUAUCAACUGGGCUGGAGAUGGAUAAUGUGGGUCUUGGCUAUUUUCGCUGGCAUAGUUUUUAUAAUGCAAAUUUGCUUAUUCCCGGAGACUCUACGGUCUUUGGUUGGGGAUGGAUCGGGUUAUGCCAAUCCGACUCCGUUACAGUAUUGGAGACAACAGAGCCUCAAUGAGGAAAAAGAUGAAACAAAUAUUUCAACGCAACACUCAGAAACGAACAAACUACAUUUGUUGAAGCCACUUCUUCAACCUUUUCUCAAUCUAAAAGAAAAAGACAUUAUCAUUCUAUUGGUAUAUAACUCUCUACAGUAUGCAAGUCUUUAUUGUGUCAUGACAAGCUCGACAAAAUUAUACUCUGAAAUUUAUGGAUUACAAGAAAUUCAAAUCGGUUUAUGUUAUCUUUCCAACGGCUUUGGAGCCUUACUCGGCUCGUAUACUUGCGGAAAAUUACUGAAUUGGAGAUUUCGCAAGAUAGCAAGGUCCUUAAAAAUUGACGAAAAAUAUACAAAAAGAGGAUCCUUAGAUCCAGAUUUUCCAAUUGAAAGAGCUAGACUGGGUGUCACAUGGAUAUGGGGACUACUUUUCAACAUUUUCAUGAUCUGUUACGGCUGGUGUCUUUUCUAUAAACUUCAUAUAGCAAUCCCGAUUAGCAUCAAUUUUAUACUGUCAUACUGCGCUACAUCGACAUUCAAUGCUGUUAGUACUCUUUUGGUUGACUUAUUUCCUAUAAAUUCAGCGGCUUGUAUUGCAUCUAAUAAUCUUGUUAGAUGUCUACUCGCAGCUCUAGCUACAUUAACGGUACAGCCUGGGCUAAAAAUAUUGAGUCCUGGAUGGUAUUUUACUACGGUCUCGUCAGUUCUAUUUGUCUCACGGAUAACCAUGUUUUUCGAGCUUAAAUUUGGACCUAAAUGGCGCGCAAAACGCCUUGAAAAACAAUCUGAAGAUAGCUCUCCAUAA